CAUCUAUUCGAAGGUUUACAUCAUGAAGACAACAAUAUCGACAGUAUUUUUACUAGCCGUUGCCGCAUAUACCAAUGCGCAACAGGAACUGGCCUAUUUCUCACACAAGGGUAAAGCAUUCGAUGUAGAUGGUUUCGAUGCCAACUCAUACUCGUACACCGGAUUCAACAAGUACGGAAAGGACAAGUAUGGUCGCUCCUACACGGAGGCCGAGUCUGGUAAUGGCGCUGAGGUAUCUGCAGGGGUAGACGGAGCGGGCCGUGUCGGAGUAGGUCAUCUAUCGCCAUCCAUCGCCUCCACUGCCGAUGCUGACCCUACUGAAUCCGGCGAUUGGUCAAACUAUUGGCCGAGUUUCGGACACGGAAAGGAUCGUGUCCACAAGAAAGAGGGAAUUGUGAGAGCCGGCAACGGCAAGAUUAUCGAUAAGGCAUGGUACCACAUGUCGAAUCGCCCGGCCCCUACAGUCACCGAGACUCAAACCCAAUUCGAGUUCACCGAGGUCUAUAUCACUAGUUCGGUAGCACCCACCGAAGACUUUUGGUGUGAUGGAGGUUGGAUCCAGCUCACUAAAGAGGGAGAUCUUAUGGAUGAUGACUGGGCUGUUGCCUACAUCACCGGAUACCUACAAGUGAUUGGCGCCAACGUUGAUGACGUCGAUACAUACGAUUGGUGUUUUAAUACAAGGAAUGAAAGUAACGCUGGCGCAUGUGCCCGCCAGCAAGCAUCAUCUCACAGCCCUGAAGAUAUUGCCGCCGCCUUUGAAAGCGCUACCGACGACCACACAUCCCAAAUUAUUCUGUUUGUUUGCGAUCUACCCUGUCUAGAUUCCAUCUGCAAGGCUACACAGGAAAACUACGACAAGCUCACUCCACUGCGCCUUACUGAGGUCAGUUUUACAAAGUCUUCUGGAAGUACUCGAGAUGUAAACACUACAUGUAUUGAUGGCGAGGGCAUCUACAGUCCUCCUAACUCAGCAGGAGGCAAGACCUUCAACUUCUGUCCCCAGGGACAAGUUUGCAACGUAGAUGGCGAGGCGCAACCCGGAGAUGCAUCCUGCGUGUGUGAAGCAUGCGCAGAUGUACUGUCCUGUCUUUCAUCUACCUGUUAUGUGACACACAAGAUCAAGUAUGAAACCAAACCUGAAGCCGAACCCGAAUGGGUGUCCCAGCCAAAGUGCCUACCCGUGAAUGGACAGCCUUCAUGUUAUUUUGGAUACUACGAAUCUAAUGGACAGUGCAAUGAAUGUCCCUAUGUCGAUAACUGUAAAAUGGGGUCUUCGGUGUGCACCGGAUUAAUGAACGCAAUGUGCGCGUUCGGAGGGUGCCAAAAAAAUUACAUAAAUACUGCAGCGCCCGGAGGAUCUGGUUCAUGCUUGUGCUUGUCAGAGCCGACAGAGACUUCUUGCAAACCCCAGUGCGCAAAUGCCGAUAACUGUGGUUCAGUUACAGUUAUCUCUGAAGUUUUCAUGCCGGACGGUACUCUCGUGCCUCGAUCCAAUACUGGAUUUACACUAACGUGCACCGCUGAUGGCACCGUCGGUGACGAGAUCAAAAGUGUUACUGGACGUAGCGGUGAAGAAACCGUUAAUGCCGAUCCUUGUGCAUACGUACUGUCGCUAGAUAGAGAAGAGAUAACGAUUGACGGUGUUGUCUACGUUGCGCUUGAGGGUAAUGGCGACGAGGCCACAGUAAUGAAUGGCACCUCGAGCACAAUCAAUGUCAGAUUUGUUCCCGAAAACAGUGUUGGAGUCCUCGUAUUAAAUACCUUAACUGGUGAGCCCAUCGAAGGUAUCAAUGUUACCGCUAACGGUAAUGUAACCAAGACAACUGGUCCUACUGGCUCUGUCCUCUUCUCAGCAGAGGAAGCAGAAAUCCCAGAUGGUUCUGCGUCCGUAUUCAUGGUGCCAGAAACAACUGACGGCUUAUUCUUGGUCUCGUUUAACAACAUUGUCGCCACUCCGAAUGAUGGUACCGAUGGUGGCACCACCCGCAGACGUGCCGCGGAUGCCUUCGUCGUUCCUGAGUUUGACUAUGUACAAAAUGGUACCCUCGUUGUGAAGCUCACGCGCAGUGAUGGAACAUCACCCCUGGAAGGCCAAAUUGUGUCAGUCUCGGUCAACGGUGGAGAGGCCACAGUAUUGGCAGAGAUGUCACCUGGUAUCUAUGCAUUGGAUGGCCUGGAGGACGGUGACGAGGUACAAGUAACCCUGCCAAUGGUUGCUCAAGAUACAGAUGACAUUACGUAUGGCGGACCCUUGCUACGCAGUCCAGAUACCCCGGUUGUGGAUGUGGAUUUCGAUGGAGGUUCUCUAAUCGUGGCUGUAUAUGGAACUCCGGUCCCGGCUGCAAGUCCACUUCCAACCCCGUAAGACCUACGGUCUAAAUAAUGACAUACAAACAGAUUUACCGGUUCACAACUAAGAAGUGCACUCAGUGUUGCUAAUUGGAAGAUCAAGUUAGUCGUUCAAGGACAUGUGGCGAUAUCGCAGAUAUCGCACAUAGUCUCCCUCAGCUAAGAAUGUCGCUUCAUUUUUUAGUAUUCAAUAAAAAUUACAUUCUGAUACAGACAAGAUUCAGUCAUUUUUUCUUUUCAAUACCUUUUAAUAAAAAGC